AGCGGACUUGGGCUGAGGUUCCCGGGCGGGCGGGCGCGGAGAGACGCGGGAAGCAGGGGCUGGGCGGGGGUCGCGGCGCCGCAGCCAGCGCAGCCAACCCGAGGGGCCGCCGCCGCCGCCGCCCAGCGCGCUCCGGGGCCGCGGGCCGCCUCCAGCACCCGCCGCGCCGCAGCUCCGGGACCGGCCCCGGCCGCCGCCGCCGCGAUGGGCAACGCCGCCGCGGCCAAGAAGGGCAGCGAGCAGGAGAGCGUGAAAGAGUUCUUAGCCAAAGCCAAAGAAGAUUUUCUUAAAAAAUGGGAAAAUCCUGCUCAGAAUACAGCCCAUUUGGAUCAGUUUGAACGAAUCAAGACCCUCGGCACGGGCUCCUUCGGGCGGGUGAUGCUGGUGAAGCACAAGGAAUCCGGGAACCACUUUGCCAUGAAGAUCCUCGACAAACAGAAGGUGGUAAAGCUGAAACAGAUUGAGCACACCCUAAACGAAAAGCGCAUCCUGCAAGCGGUCAACUUUCCGUUCCUUGUCAAACUCGAGUUCUCCUUCAAGGACAACUCAAAUUUAUACAUGAUCAUGGAGUACGUGCCUGGUGGGGAGAUGUUCUCACACCUGCGGCGGAUCGGGAGGUUCAGUGAGCCCCAUGCCCGCUUCUACGCAGCCCAGAUUGUCCUGACCUUCGAGUACCUGCACUCGCUCGAUCUCAUCUACCGGGACCUGAAGCCGGAGAACCUCCUCAUCGACCAGCAGGGCUACAUUCAGGUGACAGACUUCGGUUUCGCCAAGCGUGUGAAAGGCCGCACCUGGACCUUGUGCGGCACCCCCGAGUACCUGGCCCCCGAGAUCAUCCUGAGUAAAGGCUACAACAAAGCUGUGGACUGGUGGGCCCUGGGCGUUCUCAUCUAUGAGAUGGCCGCUGGCUACCCACCCUUCUUCGCUGACCAGCCCAUCCAGAUCUAUGAGAAGAUUGUCUCUGGGAAGGUGCGGUUCCCGUCCCACUUCAGCUCCGACCUGAAGGAUCUGCUGCGGAACCUCCUGCAGGUGGACCUCACCAAACGCUUUGGGAACCUCAAGAACGGGGUCAAUGAUAUCAAGAACCACAAGUGGUUUGCCACGACUGACUGGAUCGCCAUCUACCAGAGGAAGGUGGAAGCUCCCUUCAUACCAAAGUUUAAAGGCCCUGGGGACACGAGUAACUUUGAUGACUAUGAGGAGGAAGAGAUCCGAGUCUCCAUCAAUGAGAAGUGUGGCAAGGAGUUUUCUGAGUUUUAGGGGUGUGCCUGUGCCCCCAUGGGUUUUCUUUCUUUGUUUCUUUUUUUUUUUUUUUUUUUUGUGGUGGGUGGGAGGGUUGGAUUGA